AUCAGUAGGUACUCAACCCUAUUCUUUUUAUGCAGUAGAGAACUGCAGUGCGUGAACCUUAACUAGGCUCUCAACAAUAUACAAGGUUUGAUGUCUAAAAUGUGCUUUAAAUAUAUAAGGAACAGAGUUGCUGUGGUUGGUGUUUUGCGUAAAUUCACUGAUUGGAUUUACGUGAAUUAGUUGGUGAAUAAGUGCGCGAUGGUUAAUCUUUGCCUAACAUGAUAGCUCCUAAGGGAGCGCGUGUCCAAGACUUCCAACUUAAAAGACAGGUAGUGGGGAAAAAAUGAAUAAUGAGCCUAAAGACAAAUGGGGAGAUGAGGGCGGCAUCCUCAACCAUCCAUGUCAUAUAAUUGUGACUGUGAUGAAUUAAUCCAAAUGACUAGUAAAGUAAACACUGGACUCAAAGCAGGAUUGCCAUUCAUCAAACCCCUGACCUGACAAGCUGCAGCAUCAGUUUAAGCACUAGUGUUAAUCAAUCUUUAGACUGCAACACUGUACCACAGACGUCAAACAGAACUAGCAAUUAAUCAAAGACAGACCAUUCGAGAGUAAUGAUAUGAAAUAUAUUUGUGUUUCUGGAUGAGGGGUAUUAUGGUGUCCUUGCAUAUGCAAGCUAAGCUAAACUACAACACAUUCAGAAGGGAAAGCUGCGUCGUAAUUUAAAAAUGUCUUCCAUUUGGUAGGCUACAGCCUAGAUGAAGUAGAAAGGACUGGGCUGAGGUAGGAUACUAGUAGGCCUAUUUUACAAAUAUAGUCUACUCUAGUAUCCUAGUUAUUUUCCAAGUGCUUCAGUAAGACAUAUUUACAGCCUACAGCGCUCCUAUAAAGACGAUCAACUAAUUCAUAUUCAAUAUAGUAUUUGAAUGCAAACAGUGACCGUUCAUACGGAGAAAUACCACAGUGCCUCCCACAUCAUAGUUACAUUGGGAUAGCUGAUACAGGGAUGUUCGACAUUAACAUCAUCAAUGAUUUUGGAUAACUAUAAUUGCUUACAAAACUAUGUUGACUGUUGACCACCUAGUACUUGCCGCAACUGUACUCUCUCGUGAGAGCAGUCAGCUGAUCUCUCUUCAGCUGAUCCAAAGCCCGCCUUAAUUCGAUAGAGUGACGUGCAGUACAUGCUACGGUACGCCAUUUGUGACCAAGAGCAAAACGCGCAGACAUUGGAAAUACUUCCAUAUUUGCAGGAAAAGGAUCAGAACUUUUGACACAGUUUGUCGCUUCUGCUGGCAUCUGCACAUGUAAAUCAACAUGGACAGAAAGUUACGGUCAGACACAGAGGUUGCCCCGGGCAACAAGGGUCCUGAUGCAAAAACAAACACACAGGAAAUGGACACUGCCGGUCCCUCGGCACCUAAGAGGGCAAGGCCUGAUGAGGUCACCGAUGGAAGUCACAGUGAAGUUGGUGCUGAGGGGGAGGAGUCAGACCGACCAGGUGGCGAUGCUGUCACCAAGGUGACAGACGACGGCUGCACCUGCCCCAUCUGCGACUUUGUGGCCAAAACUCCAACAGCCCUGAAGAUCCACUCCAAGAGGAAGCACUCUCGCAGAGGGGGCGGCCGCACCGGCGUCCAGACUCCCGCUAAAAAACCCCAACCACCUCCUGACCCAGCCCCGGAAGACGGCCACCUCCACGAGGACCAGUCCAACGAAGGUGGUCAGGGGAGAGGUCCAGAAUCAGGGUUAGACCGACAGAGUGGCGCCGUGGAGCUGGAGCCGGCGGGUGACACGGGCUCCUCCACAGGGGAGUUGACCACAACAGACAAACCUGCUCCUCCAGAGGACCAAGACAUGGAGACUGGAGGCUCAGAGACGGAGGACAGGCCCGGAGCCAAACACCAGCCAGCCCGGCAGCCCCAGAGCCCCACCCCUCCCAGGAGGCUCAGCAAGCGGGCCCCCAAGCCCAAGCACCCGCACAGCUGCUCCUACUGCGGCCAUGAGUUCAAGGACAGGCCCAGUCUGGAGGUGCACAUCAAGAGACGCCACACCAAAGAGAAAGACUACUCCUGCCAGCUCUGCCGCUAUGCCUGCGCAGCCAAGUGUGACUACGAGAAGCACUGCCUCAGUAACAAGCACAGGAAGAGGGUGGAGGAGAACACCCCAGCCAAGGUUACCAGCCCCCCAGCGGAGCUCCCGGGGGACGAAGACAUCACCGAAGACGAGCAGGCUGAGGUCCAGAGCAGCAUUGCCAAGACCACCUCCACCCUCACUCCCACACCCACCUCUCCCCAGACCCAGACACAGACUCAAACUCAAGCCCAGACUCAGGCCCAGGCCCAAGUUCAGACCUUGACACAGGUCCAGCCCCAGCCCCGUGGGCCCAAGCGCACCCUGGGCUCCAGGUUCCAGCUGCAGUGCAGCAGCUGUGAGUUCCGGGUCAGCAACGUCACCCUCCUGGAGAGCCACACCCGGCUGAAGCACCCUGCAGAGGACCGCCUCCACUGCCGGCUGUGCCGCUACUCCUGCGCCACACCCGAGUGGAUGGACACUCACCUGGCCUCCGAGGGCCACCAGCGGCAGGUCCGGGAGAGGGACCCCGCCACUGCCACUACCCCCCCCGAGGAAUGCGUGGCGAAGGUGAGCCGCGACAAGGCCGGGGAGGGCGCACCGACGGACGACGCGGCGUUAGCGGAGGCCGGCGAGGAGGCGGGCGGCGGCGGGGCGGCGCUGUUCGAGAUGGACGCGGAGGCCGAGGAGGCGGUGGAGGCGGCCAAGGCCGUCCUGGAGGAGGUGGAGGAGAACAUGGACGACAGCAAGCCCCCCAAGAGGAGGAGGGGCCGGCCCAAGCUGACCUCGUCGACCACGUGUAGCUACUGCGGCCUGGCCGUGUCCAAUGCCACCAACCUGAGCGUGCACGUGCGGCGCAAACACAGCCACCAGUACAGCUUUGCCUGCCGCCUCUGCAACUACAACUGCGUGACCCGGGGGGACAUGGACCGCCACCGCGUCACCAAGAAGCACACGAAGCGCGUGGCGGAGGCCGGCGGCGAGGACCAGACCAUGACCGUGGUGUCGGGGUGCCAGAGCACAGGAGAGGGGAAAGGAGACAGGGAAGGAGAGGGAACAGGAGACAGGGAAGGAGAGGAAAAAGGCGACACGGAAGGAGAUGGAAAAGGAGACAGGGAAGGAGAGGGAAAAGGAGACAGGGAAGGAGAGGGGGAGGCAGAAGGAGAGAAAGAGGGAGAGAGAGAAGGAGAGGACAACGCCGUCCCCGGGAAGAAAAAGAGCAAAUAUGACGCGGUGAACUCCUGCCCUCACUGCGACUUUGUGGCUCACUCCAUCCCGUCCCUGGACCUCCACGUGAAGAGGAAGCACACGCGGGAGUUUGAGUUUGUGUGUCUCGCGUGCAGCUACUAUGCCGUGACGUGCCGGGAGAUGUCCCGCCACGCCUCCACCGACAAGCACAAGCAGAAAAGCCAGAUGUACCUGGAGCAGGAGAGGAGCUUUAGGACCCAGGAGGAGCCCGGGGCGCUGGAAGACGAGGACGCGCCUGAGCCUGAGCCCCACCCUGACGAGGUCUCAUCUACCACCACUCCUGUUGAGGACUCUUCCCCCUCCUCCAACGAGCCUCAGGCCCAGCCUCAGCCCCAGCCUCAGCCCGAGCCCCAGCCCACAGAAACGCCCAGCGAGCAAGAAUCCCCGAGCCCCGCCCGGCCAGGAACCCCGAGCGAUGAGAUGACCGACAAAAUGGCAGAAGAGGGCGGGGCUGAGGUAGACGGGAUCAAUGUCGUGGUGGUCUGCGUAGGGUCUGAGGACGGGACUUCUACGGAUGACGUCACGGAGCCCGUCCAGCAGGACGUGGAGCCUCCUGAGGGGAGCGCGGGGGAGCCUGCGGAGGAGGAGGCAGCAGAGGCUCCCGUGAGCCAGCCUUCCCCAGAGUCAGGCCCCCACCCGCCCCAGGAGCAGAGCGGGCCACAGGCUCCAGGCCAGGUCCAGGCUGAGCGAGAGGCCCAGGCCCAGGCCGCCUGCUCCGACGUAGACAUGGACGCCUCCGAAGACAAAGACGACGUGGCGCCGACGGACAAACAGCUGGUCCGGGCCGUCCCCUUCGACGCCUGCAUCGUCUCCAUCAAGUCCCUGUCGGAGAAGGAACGGGCCCUGCACGAGCGCCUCGCCAGCGAGGGGGAGGCGGGCGGCGGCCCGGCGGGGGCGGCGGCGGGGGGCCCUCCGAGGGGCCGCAGGUCCCGCCUCCUACCGGGCGGGGCCAACGGGGCGAGGAGGAGGGCCGUGACCCCCAACCCCCGCAUCCGCUGCGAGGACUGCGGCUUUCUGGCGGACGGGCUGAGCGGCCUGAACGUGCACAUCUCCAUGAAGCACCCGUCCCGGGAGAAGCGCUUCCACUGCCUGCUGUGCGGGAAGUCCUUCUACACGGAGAGCAACCUGCACCAGCACCUGACCAGCGGGGCUCACCUCCGCAACGAGCAGAACAGCAUCGAGGAGCUCCCUGAAGGGGGCGCCAGCUUCAAGUGCGUGAAGUGCACGGACCCCUUUGAGACGGAGCAGGAGCUGUUCCGGCACAUCAAGGAGAAGCACGAGGAGCUGCUGCGGGAGGUGAACAAGUACGUCCUGGAGGACACGGAGCAGAUCAACCGCGAGCGCGAGGAGAACCAGGGCAGCGUGUGCAAGCACUGCGGCAAGGUGUGCAAGAGCAGCAACUCCAUGGCCUUCCUCGCUCACGUCCGCACACACACCGGGUCGAAGCCGUUCAAGUGCAAGAUCUGCAACUUUGCGACCGCUCAACUGGGCGACGCCCGCAACCACGUCAAGAGACACCUGGGCAUGAGAGAGUACAAGUGCCACAUCUGUGGGUGAGUCAGUGUGUGUGUGUGUGUGUGUGUGUGUGUGAGGAGGGGGGUGAGUCUAGGUCUCCCUCCACUCUCGACUGCCGUCUCAUCCACAUGGAAAAGACGAGGAAACGGUUGCAAACGUUGUUCCUUUAAAAACACACAUACAGACACACACACAUCCAACCCUAACACCCUACAUAUCCCAUGUGUUAAAUAUAACCAACAUCCUAGGCUGCUUUCUGGUCUUGGAAUGGAACAGAUGUUCUGUGCGCCUGGUUCCCCUGGUGACUUCCCCCCGGGUUCCCCCAUGUUCUCAGGGACCGGGGGCUUUGUAGUAACCCUGUUCUACAUGGAACAUGGGGAUUAACUGAAGGUUCACAUCCCUGGCCUGGAUGCAGUUAUCUUGUUUUCACUUACUGUUUUCUCAGUCGUCAUCUGUUGUUCUGUUUGUAAAGCUUUAGUGAGAGACUUCCAUUCUUACUGACAUUUCUAGGUUGCUGUUCUCCUGAAGUUGAAUGGCCCAUGUGUGUGUUUGUUUGCGUGUGCGCGCGUGUCUGUGUGUGUGUUCAUGUAGGUUUACAGGCUCCUGCUGCCGUGCACAAACAUAUUAGAUCGGGACAAACAGUUGUGGUUGCACACAGCUUCACCUGUAAUGAGGGAAAACACUGCUGUUGACCCUCCAGCUAAAACCUUGCUCACACACACACACACACACACACACACACACUCCCACACAUAUGGAGCACUCUUGUAAUAUGCCUUUAAAUGGGACUACUAAAUACAGAUACUGGUUUCACAAAUCAUUGGAUUAGAAGAGCUAUGUGCUGUCACUGCCUGCCCCUGGUGUGCGUGUGUGUGUGUGUGUGUGUGUGCGCACGUUUGUGUGUGUGAAGGUGACUGAUCACCACCGACCUCUUCUCUUGACUAAAGAGCAGCAAACAAAGAACACACCAGAAACAGGCUCAUUAAGGAGACAACCAACUUUGUCUGU